AUGUCGUUACAUAGAGUUCCCCUUCAGGAGUACUCCAAUACGUACAAUCAACUCACAGAAACACCAACUUCCAAGUCUAAUUUACAGAACUCGUCAAUCACUACGCCACCAGAAACUUCCACUCAAUUCAGAAAGAAGAGAUUAUCUAUUGAAACACCUAUUAGCAAGAAUAACGACGGAUCUGGGAUGCUUUCCAAUUCACUCUUGUUGUCGCCAGCCUUCCUGUCGCCUCAGCAGCAUAGACAACCACAGCCAAGCCAGUUGCACCACGUCCAAUACCAACAACCACAAUUCCAGUACGAUUCAGCUCCAAACCACAUAUUUGGAAAUUCUCACUUGAUGGUGCCCCCUUCCUCCACGUCUAUUCCACAGCCUCAUCAGCAUCUACACUACAAUCCGCUUGAGAUCGUGCCUCCUCCAAAGCCUUCCUUCCAGAACAACCACGAGUCAAUUUCUAUUUCUGCGAACCCUGCCUCCAAUACUAGCAGUAUCAGCACAACCAGCAGUAAUCCACCGGCAAAGAAGAAGGCCAAGAAGUCAAGAAAGGACUCAAAAGAUUCACCAUUCAAUCUUGACUCCGACGAUAAACCUCCGUACUCCUAUGCCACCUUGAUUGGAAUGUCUAUCAUGAGUAACCCAGACAAAAAGUUGACAUUGUCCCAGAUUUACCAAUGGAUCUCAGAUACCUUCAAGUAUUACAAGAGUGGAGAGGUAGGGUGGCAGAACUCCAUUCGUCACAACUUAUCUCUUAACAAGGCGUUCCUCAAGGGAGAAAAGUCCAAGGAUGGGAAAGGUCAUUUCUGGUUUAUUCAAGAAGGUUGCGAAGAGCAAUUCUUGAAGUCCAGAAGUAGUAAGAAACAACUGUAUCAAGAGAUUAUUGAUCACAUAUCGAACAAGGCUCCAUCAACAGCUUUUAGAAGUUCAUCUUCUACUUCUGCAGGAGUUCAAGGAAAGUCUUCUAUGAACUCUCUUCCAUCGUCUCCAAAUAUGUCACAUCAUGAUUCAGCAGAAGAAGACACAAAGCCAACCAAGAAAAGAAGAACUUUAGAAGGCGCCGCAGACUAUCACAGUGAAUACUCCCAACAAGAUGAAGAUGAAGUCGAAGAAGAUGCAAAUGCCACUAGGGAAGACAUUGAAGAUCAGGAUCAAGAAAACAAUGGCCCCUCAGGAAAAAGGGUAAAGUUAACCACCACCAACAUUCUCGACCCAAUUGAAAAUUUGGGUGCGCCAUUCUUACAGUGGACUAAUAAUAGCAAUGCUUUUGGUAACAGAAUGAUGAACCAUCAUAAUGCUAAUGAGAAUGACAAUGAUAUGCAGGGAUCUAACAGUAGUGGCAACGUUCAUGCCAUAACUGGAAUUUCUGACACUCCACAUUUCAUAUUUACAGAGUCUCCCAACAAGCCUUUGUUAGCUGGAAAGAACUUGACCUAUACGUCAUCCUUCAGCUGUAAUUCGAAUCUUGAGCUUUCUCCAAUUAGACCAAGUGAAACCGGACCAUUGUUGGAACCAUUAACUCCUGUAAACAAUAUUUACAAGAGAAUGCCGAUUUCAAACGAGAGUCAUCCAAUCAGCCAAUUGAAUGCAAACUUGGCCUACCAUGUGAACCAUUCUACACAAUCCAAAUCAUCGAACCAGCAUCAAGUACCUUUCAUAUCUUUGUCGCAGUCACCUAUAAUCCAGUCACCAUUCCAUUCUAAGAUUCAAUUGCUUCAAGCACCUAAUAAUCAGCACCAAUCUCAACAAUCUCAACACCAGCAACUUGGAUCUCUUCAGCCACUGCAACACCAACACCAGCAGCAGUUGAAUAUUAACUCCAAUCACAUUCAUCUCCCACAGCCUCCUGUUUACAUAACGAAGACACCAAAGAGUAGCAUUAAGACUCCUUUAAGAAAUUUGAGGUCUCCACAGACUUCGUCGAUUCUCAAGAAGUUGUGUUACUCUCCUUCUUAUAUUGACGAUUUCUAUUACUCACCAUUAGUGUCAUCCUCCCAUGGAGUGUUAAACUCCUACGAUGAUGACGAUUUGGUGUCUAGAGCGUUUGAGUCACCAGCUGCGAAAAGGUUACACGCAACUAUGAGUAGCUCAAGGAAAUUGUUUGGAGAGUUGAAGAACGUUGAGUUGAUCACGACUAAUGAAAAGGAAACGACAAGUUCAAUAAAGGAAGAUGAAAAAUGA